AACAAAUAAGAAAGUUAUCGUGGGUGCCUUUUUAAAUAAAAUAAUAUUUUUUAUAAAUAAUUAUCAAAAUAUAUAUUUUUUAUAGUGUAUGUGAGGUGAAUGAACGAAAGUUUUAUAAUUUAAAAAAAAAAAAGAAUUUAAUUAAAAUGUUAUUUAAGGGAAAUAGUUCAAGAUUAGAAUUUUUAAUUGAAAAAAUUCAAGCGCAUAAAGAAUUAUCGCCGUCACCGCUUCCAGAUGACAAGUGCACUUUAAGAUCAAGAGGUCUGUUGAGUGGAAUUUACUCAUGGCGUAGCGAAGACGACAGUCUUAAUGGACAGAGAGGUGGUGGCACACCAUCUUCUUGCACAACUUCGACGUCGCUGAGUUUCCCCUCGGAAACUGAGACUGAUGUUGACGUUAAAUUAAAUAGUAUUGACAGCAGCAUCACUUCUGGCCCAUACCCGUGCCAAUUUUGUGAUAAAUCUUUUCCCAGUUUGAGUCAGCUGAAGAAACAUGAACAGACUCAUGGUGAUCAAAUGCCGUAUCGUUGCAGCUGGUGCGCGCGAUUAUUUAAACAUAAACGCAGUAGAGACCGUCACGUAAAAUUGCAUACCGGCGACAGAAGAUAUCGAUGUACUCGAUGUGAAGCUGCGUUUUCUCGCAGUGAUCAUUUAAAAAUUCACAUGAAAACUCACGAUAAUCAGAAGCCAUAUCACUGCAGCGAAUGUUCCCGUGGUUACAAUACAGCAGCAGCAUUAACGUCGCACAUGCAGUCCCACAAGCGUCCUCACUCAUUACAAUUACAAUUAAAUAAUCAUCUCUACUCAUCCCCUAAAACCGGGGAGACUGAGCGGAAUUCGCUUUGGGCAAGUCGGGGAUCUUCGCCUAGUGUUAGUUCACCGUUACCUUUGUCAUCCUCAAUGUCUAUGCAUAAAUUAACAUCCUAUUCACCAGACUCUUCAGCCAACGAGUCAUCACCCGCAGUAUCCUUCUUACGGUCGUCAUUAACACUCGCCUGCAUGUACUGUGCCAAAGAUACCUUUACCAGCAUGGAACAGCUUCAACUACAUGUCCAAGCUGUCCACGAGCUCAAUAUAAACAGCAAUCCGCCGUCAUCGCCAUCAACGGCAACGGCAACGUCAACGUCAAAUAAAAUAGUAGACAAUAAUUACAAGCGUCGUAAAAAAAAAGAAGACUUUAAAUCGAAAGAUGAUCACACUAAAGUACAUCGCAGUAAUAAUGAUAAAGUUGCUAUUAAUAAUAACAAUGACACAUCAGUAUCAGCGUUGAUGUUAACGUGUCCUUUGUGUGGGAUAUCAUGUUCGUCCCCGACAGUCUACGCCGAGCAUUACGUACUCGAACACUGCGAAAAUCGUAAAGUUAUUGCUGAUAAAAUGGCUGAUGACAAAACAAAUUAUGAAAAUAAAAUGACGGCCAAUAACUUUACUGCAGACGUUUAUUCCUCAAGUACUUUAUUGUGCGGGCAGUGCGGCGCGGCGUUGAAAGACUUUGAGUCCUUUCGCGUUCACUUGGCGCAUCAUUUGAAAGUGAACAAUUACCAGAAGCAAUUAAACAUUAAUUGCCCAAAGUGUGAACUGAAUUUCCACACCAAAGAUGAGAUGAUUAAUCAUCUGACGAAGCAUUACUUGAAUGAUAGUAAUAUAAUUAAGCAGCGUUUCUGUUGUGAUGGAUGCGAUAGAUAUUAUUUUGACGCAGAGUCGCUUAAAAAGCACACGUUUGAUGAGCAUACGCAGCAAUUGUACAGAUGCGCUGUUUGCAGAGAGACCUUUGAGUCGUCAGUUGCCAUUCAAGUGCAUUUCACUGUUAAACACACACGAGAGUGCACUGUUUAUCAAUGUACUGACUGCAUAAAUAAUCCAGGGCGCGCCAAGAGUAAUGAGACGCGGGAUAACAAUGGGGUGGAUUGUUUUUUUAAAACUUGUACGGAACUGAUGAAACACGUGAUUAAUGCUCAUUUAUCGUCCUCGUCAUUAUCCUCGUCGUCAUCCUCAUCAUUGUCCUUGUCAUUGUCGUUAUCGUCUGCGCAAGAACAAGAUCGAAUUACUCAAAUGAGUUGUGGAAUCGCUCAAGACACAACCAGAGUCUGCGGUGAAUUAUUUUUACGAUGCUGUUUUUGUGGUGUACAUUGUAAUACCGAGGGUGAUUUACAACGACACUUGGCAACCCACUCGACGUGCCUUUAUAGAUGCCCGAUUUGUCGUCAAGGUUUUACUGUUGAAUUUUUGCUGGACAAGCACAUUGCUCAGAUACAUAACAAUAAUUCAGCUGCUGCUGUUGAUAGUGUCCCUACUGCUGCUGCUGCUGCUGCUGCUGCUGAUAAUAUGAUAGAUAGACAUAAUAUUGUUAAUCAUUAUAAAGUACAAGAUGAGAUGAGGUAUAAAAGAAAACAUUCAUCGCCUGAAUUAAUUCAACAAAAUCAAUCAGAUCAUUGUUUAUCAAACCGUCCAAAUAAUAAUAAUAAUAAUAGUGAUAAUAAUAAUAUUAAUAAUAAUAAUAUGAAUAUAAAUAAUAAUAACAGUGAUAAUAAAAAUGAAUUAAAAAUAAAUCAUUGUGAAUAUUGCGAUCGAAAAGAUUUUACAAGUGAAUCAGAGUUACGCGCCCACAAAAAACUUUCCCACAAAUCAUCAUCAUCAUCGUUAGCAAAAGUAAAUCAAACAAAAUCAUUAUCACCGCAAAUCUGUAGUUACUGCGGUGAAUCGAUGCGUUCACGUGGUGAAUUAGAAGCUCACACAAGAUUACACCACGCUCCGAGUGAAUUAGCCAAGCGUCGUUUAAAGUGUAACAUUUGCGAUGAAUUAUUUUCGACAAGUGGUAUUUUAGCUGAGCAUAAAUUAGACAAACAUUGCAAAAUAAAAUUGAGCGAUGUGUGCAUCGUCUGCAGAAGUGUGCUACAAAGUGAAACAGAUUUUAUUGAGCACGUACAGAAGCAUAGUUUAGAAUCGAUUGAUUCACAUCAACAGAGACACGAUGGUUUACUUUCAGCUCCUAUUUCAGCAACAACUCAAACAGUUUCUGUUCCAACUAGUACUCUUACUCCUAAUACUAAUACUAGUUUUAGUUCUACCACCAGUAUUAGUAUUACAACUUCUGGCAGUACUCAUGUCCCCGUUUAUUGUGUUGUCUGCAGGCAGACUCUCAUUAGCGAGUUCGAUUGUCAAUUACAUGCCAAGUAUCAUUUGCGAUCACAAUCUUCACUUGAUUCUAAUGUUAAUUCUAAUUUUAUUUCUGUUAAUAAUAAUAAUAAUAAUAAUAAUAAUAAUAAUAAUAAUAAUAAUAAUAAUAAUAAAUUAAAUUGUUGCAUUUGUUUACGAGAAUUUGAUAAUGAUAAUUCUGUUAUACCUUUGUCAGGAAAUAGUUAUGAUAUAGCAAUUAGCGAACGUAAAUUGAAUGUCUGCAACAGAUGUUACGUCAGACAUUUGAACGGUUUGCCUAUUUUAGGUAAUAAUUUUUAUAACAAUAAUGAUAAUGAUGAUAAUGAUAAAUUUAUAAAGGAAAAUCCUGAUCGUGGUGAUGUUGAUAAUGAAUAUGAGACAAAGUGUAUUAAAUUAGAAAGUAUGAAUGAUAAUGAAGAUGAUGAUAAUAAUAAUGACAAUGAUAAUGAUAAUGAAAACGAUGAUGAUGAUGAUGAAGAUGAAGAUGAAGAUGUUAAUGUGGAUGUUGAUGUUGACGUUGAUGUUAAUAACGAGUAUGAGGGGGUGGGCAAAGAGAAAGAUGAUAAACAAGGAGAAAACAAAGUGGAGGAUGAGAAUAAGGAAGGAGAGAAUGAUAAGAAUAGUGUUUGUAAUGAUAAGAAUAAAAGUAGUGCUGGCGUCCGUCCAUAUAACUGUCCUCAAUGUACCCUCUUGUUUGCUUUUAAAGUUGAAUUGGAGCAUCACCUUAAUGCUGUACAUAUGAAUAAAAAUAUGUCUUGUAUGGUUAAUGCUACACCGAGGGAGAAUAAAUUUAUGAAAGUAGUUGGGAAUUAUCGUGAUGUUAAUGCUAAGGACAAUGUGAGCGAACAAGAGGGUGAUGUUGUUGUAAAAGAAGAAGUUGUUAAUGAUGAGCCCACUAAUGAUUUUAAAAAGUAAUUAAUUCCCGGGUGAAAAUAUUUUGCUGAAAAAGGGCCGCAAUCGCAUGGAAAAAAGAGUAGUUACAGUGAAAAAUUACAGUUUUAAAUAUCAGAAAAGCCCUUUUACUUGGAAACUGUAAAAAUUACACUGUAAUAAUUAUUUAGCAAUUAUUAGUUUCAUAUAAGACUUUUUUCAGUCCGUAAUAGCGUUUUAUUUAUUAUAAAGUUUCAUUCAACUAAAAAUACAUUAGAAACUGGAAAAUUCGUAAUCUAUAACUGUAAUUAUUUUAUUACAAGAAGUAGUUUCAAUUAUUGCAGUGCAACUCUGGUGGAAAUUUUUCGGAAUUUUCUCUGAAAAACUCAGUUCUAAAAUUCUAAAGACUUUUUCAAAGUACUGAAGACUUUUUCAGAGUUUAUCAGAGAAGAGUCAGAAAAAUUUCCACCAGGGAAACUAAAAUACUUGAAGUUUUUUGCACUAGGAACUGUAGUUUUUCCACUACGCGUUUUUCCAUGCGCGCCGAAAUCAUAGAAUUUUUUUUAAAGAGACUUAAAUUUGGCCGAAAUCUCACUGAAGCCGUCGAGUUUUAUGAUAAGAAGUCGAAAGAUUGCCGAAAUUUUAUUAUUUUUAAUAAACAGGCCGGAAAUUGGCCGAUGAAUUAAGUCGGCCUAUUUUCGGUUUUUUUGUAGACCUAAUUAUCGGCCAUUUUUCGGCCUGGCCAAUUUUCAGCCUUGCGUUUACUACCUGGGCCUUUUUCGGCGACUUUUCAACCGAUAAAAAAUUUUUUUAUUUUUAUUUGAAAUUUUUUUACCCGGGAAAUAAUUAAUUACAAAUUAUUUAAAAAUUUAAAAAAGCAAUUAAUUAUUUGGUUGAUAAUUUUGAUUAAUUAGUACUUUAAAUGUUUAUGUAUUUGUUAAUAAUUUUUUAAAUAAAUUAUAUUGUAUAAUUUUCUUUGUAUUGAUCAA